ACCAACGUAGAACUGACUUCACGCGGACCUGUUUGUUUACAAGCGGUGGAAGCUGCGCUAACGUCUCUGUUAGCUCAAGUUUACUCCACGUUUUUCUUCAGAUAACGUUACAGGCUUUGAUUCGCAGUCUGCGACCAUCUCCCUCCAGCCAUGGGGAAGUCGUUUGCCAAUUUCAUGUGCAAGAAAGAUUUCCACCCUGCGUCGAAGUCAAAUAUCAAGAAGGUAUGGAUAGCAGAGCAGAAACUGACUUUCGACAAGAAAAAGCAAGAAGAUCUUAUGUCGGCGUACCUGAAAGAGCAGGACACCUACAACAACAGGGUGUUGAUGGGUGAUGAUCGUGUUAAAAAUGGCCUCAAUUUCAUGUAUGAAGCUCCACCUGGAGCGUCCAAAGAGGAAACGAAAGAGGACGGAGAAGAAGAGUAUAAAUUUGAGUGGCAGAAGGGCGCUCCUCGAGAGAAAUAUGCAAAGGAUGACAUGAAUAUUAGAGAUCAGCCGUUUGGAAUCCAGGUGCGCAACGUGAGGUGCAUCAAAUGUCACAAAUGGGGCCACGUGAACACGGACAGAGAGUGUCCUCUGUAUGGACUGUCUGGUAUCAGCGCCACCUCUGUGGCCACAGAGGAGGCAGCAGGUCCGUCGAUGCACCCCUCAGAGUUAAUGGCGGAGAUGCGAAACAGUGGGUUUGCCCUGAAAAAAUGUGUCCUUGAUAGGAAUUCUACGUUUUGUGAUCCAUCACAGGAAUAUGUUGCCAGUGAUGAAGAGGAUGAUCCUGAGGUGGAAUUUCUAAAGUCAUUAUCGUCCAAGGAAAAACAGAAGCUCCUCAGAAAACUUGAUCGUCUGGAUGAGAAGAAAAAGAAAAAGAAGAGCAAAAAGCAGAAGAAGAAAAGCAAAAGAAAACAAAAGAAAAAGCAUGAAAGUAGCAGUGACUCCUCCAGCAGCAGCAGCAGCAGCAGUGAUAGUGGCUCAGAUUCAGACGACCAUGGCAAGUUGAAGAGCCAAAAGCGAAAGAAGAACAAGAAAAAAGAUUCCUGUCGGGAUAAGAGCUCCAAGAGCGAGCAACAAGUCAAGAGUCAGAGGAAGGCCUCCUCCUCUCACAGGAGCAGGUCACGGAGCCCUCACGCCGGACAGACGAGGCCUGAAGAGGAGCCGCAAAAUUACAGACAAGCGCGAACAGAGAAGGGAAGGAGUAGGAGUCGAGAUCGCAGCCCGGAAAACAAGAUCAAGUCGGAGGGAGGUCAAGAGAGACAGAGGCGCACCAGCAGGGACAGGCAGAGGCCCGGCAGCUCCAAGUCUGGUUUGGAGGAAAGUCGGAGCCGCGACAGAGGCAGGGAGGAGAGAGGUACAGACAGGCGUCGCAGCGGAGAUGGAGAGAGGAACAGAAGUGGCACAGAUGGAAGGAGAGGCAGAACAGCAGAUGGGAGGAGCAGGAGCAGGGAAGGAGGUAGAGAAAGGGGGGGCAGAGGAAGGAGUCGAAGUGGGAGCAGGGAGAGAAAAGAGAGGAGCCAAGACCGAGAUAAAAGAAAGCGCUGACUGUUGUUUUUCUAUGACUUUUCUUUUCCCCAAAACAAUAACAAUGAACAUAUAAUGUGAAAGAAUUUUUUUUUUAUCACUUCAGUAGUAUUGAGAUGUAAUGUAAAAGUAGUUUUUCAGAUUAUCAAACAGUCACUCUAUUAAAAUUCCAAUUGCAGAUAUUGUGCACGAGUCUCGUUUUCCUCCAGUAGAGGGAAGCAGUUGACAGUAAAUAUGUGGAUGCAGCUCAUUGCGCGCUGUGUUGUCUCGCGCCAUAUGAAAGGGUCUAAAUGAAUUGAUUACCAUUGGAAGCAAUUUGCAGCCGUGAUCUGUUGAUGGGAAAAUGUUGGACUCGUUUUCAUGGUCAGUUGGCCACGAGAGGGACUAUUUCUGUUGCUGCAGUUUUUAAUCCUCAUUUCAUUGUCUUUUUUGGGGGGGAAUUAUCGACACUGUAAAAACGUCUGAACACUUUUUUAUUUUGUGAUUAAAUGUGUAAUCCUCUCA